CGCAGCCCCCCGGCCAUGGCACCCCGCGGGUCGCUGCUGCUGCUGGCUCUGCUGCUGCUGAGCUGUGCCCUGCCCCGCGGCCACGGCCAGCACUGGUCCCACGGCUGGUACCCGGGGGGCAAACGGGACCUCCGGACCCCCACAAACCUCCAGCUCCCGUCCCCUCCGGGGCUCUGCCGUCCCUUCCCGUGUCCCCUGCGGCGGGAGGAGCCGCUGCCGCGACCCGGGCUGCGCCCCUGAGCGGAGCCAGCGAGCCCGGCGGGACCGAACCGGGACCCCCGAGGGGAAUAAAAGGGGAUGGGGGGAUCUGUGAGCGCUGAUGGUGAUGGGGGCUCGGCUGGGGGGUGGCAGGUGUGACAUGGGGACGGUGGUGUGACAUGGGGACAGGGGUGUCCCGGGGGUGGGAUGCAUCCCGAGAGGGAUGCUGUCUGUUUUG